UCCUGUGGUCCAUAGACUGAGUCAGUCUUAAGUAAGUCGGUCAGGGGGGACGUCUAAGUGGUGAGGAGCGGAACCGUCACUUUGGUUGUGCGUCUGUCACCAUGGUAGACACGCGUACAAGAACGAGCACCUCCCCUUAUACGGCAGAGCAGGAUGCGAAGGCCGCCGCCAUCCUGAAAGAGAGAAGAGAGAAGGAGGAGGCCAAGAAGAAGGCCUUGAUAGAAGAACAGGCGGCGAAGUUGAAGAAGAUUUAGGAGGAGAUGGCCAAAGAAAAAGAGAGGUUAAAGAAAGAAGAAGCAGAGAAGCUCAAGGCAGUAGAAGAGGAGGAAGAGGUAGAAGAACCACCGCUGGAAAGGCGAAGGACAGGAGGGAGAGGGGAAUCCAGUGGAACAAAGGAAGAUCGGAUGGAGAAAAAGAUUACGAAGUGGGUUGCUGGUUUAUCCCUGGGAGAAUAAGAGGAGGCACUAAUGUAUGUGCCCAGGGAAGAACAAGAGGCGGCCAUGAGAGAGUGGGAUACAGAAGAAGACCCACUCAAGCGGCAGGCUAUAGAAGAUGAGAAGAGGAUGGAGUGGAAGUUCCGACUGACGAGGGAGAAGAAAAGGAGAAUGGAGGCGGCGAGCCGGGCAGCGAAAGAAUUGGAGGAGGUAAAGAAGCAAAGAGCGCAGAUGGCGACGCAAGUGGACUUACUGGGGAAGAUGGAGAUCAUGGCGAGAAACAUAGAGCGUCUGGCCCAGGUCCGGGAAGAACAAUAUAUGUUUGGUAGAGGUCAGAACAUUGCCUUGCGCUCUAUACGGCUGGGACUCAGGGACUUUGCAAGGGAAUUAGCGACGCCGGUGGGCUCACAGGUGAAGGCCCGCCUAGAGGGCACGGAGCGUUAUUGCACGGGUGCCAUAGAAGGCGCCAGACUGACUGCUCCCAAGGAGGAGGAAGCACGUCCCCGAAGGGAGCCUGUCAAGGUCAAGUUCCCUGACUCCUAUAGCGGGAAGAAAGAGGACAAUUUUGACAAUUGGGAAGCCAAUGUCAAAACCUACGUACAUCUGCAGAAGGUCUUCCCGGACGAGCAUGUCCUUAUAGUCGUCCAUGCCCUCCGAGACGAAGCAGCAAGCUUCGCCCGUUCCUUGUGCCGCGCCGCCAACUGUAAUGAUGGUUUACUCGCUUGUUCUGCGCUCACUCCCCUCACUGACUUCCUUAAGUUAUUGCGCGAACGAUUCCUAGACGUCUCACGCAGUGUUAAAGCCUCUGAUAGAUUGCAAACCAUCCACUCUUGUCAGUGGAAGAGUGCGAGAGCACUCAAGGGGGUGAUGGACGAGCUAAUCGUCGUCCCGGACCAUGGGGUCACUGAGACCCAACUGGUCAACCUCUUCUAUCGCGCAAUGCCCGAACAGUUGCGCGGGCAUUUCUUUGAGAAGAGUCAGCAGCCUACCAUGACCUACGACGCCUUGAGCAGGGAAGUGGUAGCCUUUGAAGCACGGUCCAUGUCAAUCUCCASUUUUUGGCAUAAGGACCUAGACAAGGGCAAAAAGUGGAAAGGUCGCACCAUCUCAGGACAGGUCAAGACCAAGGAUCGCUUGAUCCUUACCUUAGAUGAGGGUGGUGUAGACGAAGUUCCCUACGAGCAGAUUGAGUGGGGGCUUGAGGAAGAGGACAGUAGCGUUAGUCAGGGGAGGACCUACGCUGCUGUUGCGGCUGGAGGGAGGCCGCAAGGAGGAGGUACAAGCCAGGGCCAAGGGGGCCGGGCGUCAAGGGGCCGUUCCCAGAGCGAUCAGGGGGUUGGCGGUAAAGGAGGAAACCACCAAGUGUGGGAGGAAGGGGUCAAGCAAGACGAUGGCAACGGGUAUAGACCCGUAGAGUUCAUGUCUGCUAGGAUGCCUUCAGAGAAGGUAGCGACAUCUACCUACGAGAGGGAACUCUACGCUCUCAGGCAAGCAUUAGAACACUGGAAGCACUACUUGCUUGGGAGGCACUUCAAAGUCUACUCAGACCACGAGACAUUGAGGUGGCUGAAAACGUAGGCCAAGAUGACACCUAAGCUUACUAGGUGGGCCGCAGAGUUAGACCAAUAUGACUUUGAGCUUAAGCCAGUCAAAGGGAAGUAUAACGUAGUUGCGGACGCUCUAAGCAGGAGAGCUGACUACUUUGGAGCAACAGUUCAUUAUCUGGAUAUAGGGAGAGACCUGCAGCAAAAAGCUUGAGAGGCGUAUGCGCAGGGCCCUAUCUAUGGUGACCUCCUCAAGAGAGUAAAGAAGGCCCCAGAGU